AUGUCUAUAUUUGGUGCAAAGUGUGCCCGACAAACAAAAUCAGCGGGGAACAGGAAAUUAUCUUUAAAAGCCAGUUCAUUCAAUUUCUUGCUGGCUUAUUGUCCAUAUGCUGCAUGCUUUUCUUGGGAUUCGCCGACGACGCCCUCAACCUACCUUGGAGACAUAAAAUUGCAUAGCUGUCCCAGUUAUGCUGAGAAAUGCUUAGGUAGUAGCGUAGAUAUUGGUAUUUUAUAUUACAUAUAUAUGGGUUUGCUGACUGUAUUCUGUACUAAUUCUAUAAACAUCUAUGCGGGAGUAAAUGGUCUUGAAGUUGGUCAGGCAAUUGUGAUUGGUGCUUCUCUAAUUUUGUUCAAUCUGAUCGAACUUUCUAGUUAUCACUGGCGUGUUCAUCUUUUUUCACUCUACUUUCUGAUCCCAUUUUUGUUUGUGUGUUGGUCUCUGUAUCGUGUAAACCGAUAUCCGGCGAAGGUUUUCGUGGGCGAUACAUUCUGUUAUUUUGCAGGCAUGACUUUCUCUGUAGUCGGUAUUUUGGGUCAUUUCAGCAAAACAUUGUUACUAUUCUUUCUACCGCAAAUUGUCAACUUUCUGUAUAGCACUCCUCAGCUGUUUGGUUUGAUUCCCUGCCCACGACAUCGAUUGCCUCGAUACGAUCCAGCAGAUGGUCUAUUACAUCCCAGUCGUGUUCGUUUUCAUCCAAAGUCUUUAUCACGUCCUGGUCAGUUUGUUUUGACUGUGUUUUCGUACGUGGGCAUAAUUGAAUGCAAACUUUGCCCGGAUUGUAUUCCGAAUAUUUCCACAUCACCCACGACGGGAAUGAUCGUUUCACAAUCAUCUCAUGAAAAUAUGUCUUCUGAUGAAGAACAAACAUCGGAAAGACGAAGAGCUAGAAGUAGAAGCCCAGUUCAAACCAAGUUACCUACUGAAGAGAUUGUUGAAGUAGACAACCUUACUGUCAUAAAUAUGAUGUUACGUGUUUUGGGACCCAGAAAUGAACAACAAACCACCAAUACUCUUUUGCUACUCCAAAUACUCUGUUCUUGUUUCGCAUUUAUGAUUCGUUAUCCCCUUGCAUGGUUGUUUUAUGAUGUACCAGCUAAGUAA